AUGACUUACUUAUCAGCAGUAUCGGGCUCAAUCUUCGGAGCCAUACUCUUGCUACUGAGCUACAGAGCAUUCUUUCACCCUCUGGCUGAUUAUCCAGGCCCUCGACUUGCCUCAAUCACAGGUCUAUGGCGACUUUGGCACUAUAUCAUUGGAGACUGGUCAGAAAUCAUCCUCGAGCUUCACAAGAAAUAUGGGAAAGUUUUUCGACUGGCACCAAAUGAGCUAUCGGUCGUAGAUGAAUCGGCCAUGAAGGCACUCUUCGGUCAUAAUACAACCGCCCUCAAGACUAAAUGGUAUUCCGCCUUUCAAAGCCCUCGGGGAGCUCCGAAUAUACUGGCUACUCAGGAUACUAAAGUCCACGCUGCUAUUCGCCGCAGAUUUGCUCCUGCCUUCAAGAUGACUGUUCUGUUGCGACAGGAGGACUCUAUGCAGAAGUAUUUGGAUAAGCUCUGGCAGUCACUCGAGAAGCCUGCUUCAGAUGGCACCAUCAUUGAUAUGUGCCAUUAUACAGAAACUGUGACAUGGGAUAUCAUAGGUCAACUCUGUUUUGGAGAACCACUGGGUGCGAUUGUUGGUCCUGACGCCUUAGAUCUUGCCAACAUUCUGAACAAAUUGCUGAAAAUGUCCACGGUCCUGGGACACGUUUGGGGUCAGAUUGCCUGGGUUGAUAAUCCACUGACACGAUUCAUUGGCAUGAAGAAUCCUAUUCAAGAUUCCUUUGAAUGGGCAUCCCGGGUGGUUCAACAGCAUGAGGAAGCUGACCGUAGUAGUGUUGAGCCUGAUACAGUUGACUAUUUUCUCAACUGGAGAGACGCCCAAGGAAAGCCAGCGACACAUCUUGAAGUUGUUGAGGGUGCUUUCGCAGUCACUGGCGCGGGAGCAGAUACUGUGGCGAUUGCAAUGCGAGCGGCUUUGUACCAUCUCAACACCAACCCGGCAGUACUUCAGAAGUUGAGGGAGGAGAUCGAUGUUUUCGAUGCUGACGGACCGCUCUCUUACAAACAAACACAGCAACUCCCCUACCUAAAAGCUGUUGUGAGAGAAAGUCUAAGAAUGUAUUCUCCGGUACCAGCGCAGCUGUAUCGAAUUGUCCCCUCGGGCGGUCUGUCAAUCGAUGACCGUUUCAUACCUUCUGGCACAGUGGUUGGUAUCAGCAGCCUAGCACAAAACAGAGAUCCCGCGAUCUUCGGGUUAGAUGCAAACAUCUUCAACCCUGACCGGUGGCUAGGGGAUGAAAGCAAAGCACGAUAUUUCGAGGCUGCUCUGUUCAAUUUUGGAGGUACAGGUAUACGCUCCUGUCCAGGUCGAGAUCUCGCAAUGAUCGAGCUUUACAAGUUUGUUGCUCAGAUGGUUCAGAAGUUCGAUUUUGAGUUGGUGGAUCAGGCACAUCCAUGGUCGGUGAAGACUUAUUUCUUCGCCAUUCAUAGCGAUAUGAGGAUGAGGGUUGCCCACCGGAAGAGAUCUGUCGGAGUACACAACGAGUCCACUGAUGAUUUAGUUCAAUGA